AUGCUGAAAGAAGGCUUGGCGGCAGGUAACUCUCUGCUUUCGAUUAUUUUUACGCCGAAAAACAUAGAGGACCGCAUCAUCAGUCACGUCUUUCAUAAUCGCCAAGCAGAUAAAGCCUGUCUUACCAACAAAACCGGCUCGGAGGCAAUCACUGUAAUGGAUUAUCGAACUUGCGAUGCAAUGAAGAAGUAUAAUGCACUACGCCAUAUGACGGUCCAGAAAGAAGAAAAAAUUGAAUCGCUCAAGAAAAAUUAUCUAGAACUGCAGCAAGCAAUUGAAGAUGGAAAUGCCACAACUGCGGGAACUAAUAGAGAAGGGAAACGUUUGAGGGAAUUGGAAAAUCGUUUGGAUAAAGCGCAACUGAAAUAUCAAGAAGCCGAACAUAUAAAACGGACAUACGGACAGAUAAAGGACAAACUGCAAGAUGAACAAUUAACGUAUGGUCACAGCUUAGACAACCUUGAGAAACAAAUCAAGAUGGCCCAAGAUGAACUGGCGGAAUUGCAAAUCAUGUACAGUGACGCUGUUCUUUCCAGGGAUGCAGCACAGAAAGAAUUGAAAUAUCAAGAAGAGGUCAUUAUCACUGAGAGGAGACGACGUGAAGCCGAACUGACUGGCAUGAAGCGAAUUGCAGAGGGAAAGCAAAGUUCUGGAGAAAAAAGCGGACCAAUUUCCGUCAGAGAUUCAAUCAUGGAGGAUGCGCAGGGUGGCGGUUCAGCUGCACAUGGUGCCGAGAAUGGUUCAAUUGGUGCAGGGGGUAUUUCGGAGGAACAGCAACAAAAGAUCGCUGCGUUUGAAGAUUCUUUCAGACAGAUUAAAGAAGCGACUGGACUAUCAGACUUGAAUCAGAUUGUGAGGCGGUUCGAAAGUCAGGGAGAAACAUUGAGACAUCUGAUUGAGUUGAAGGACAAGGCGGAGAGACAAUGUCAGGCGUUACGUGAGGAGCGCGAUCGGCUGCAAUCAAAGUUUGAAGAACUGAAAUAUUCGGGAGAAACGGAACUGACAAGCAUUAACCAACUUUUGGAACAAUACAAAAAAGAAGCUGAGACAGAAAUGCAACGUCGAGAACAGUUGAACCAGAGUUUAAGUGAAGCAAGUCGCUUACUGGUUCAGUGUAAGGCGGGCGUUGAUCAUAUACAUGAAAAACUGAACUUCGUCAACAUUAGUUCACCGUACAUUGAGAAAGCGGAUGCCACAGACGAUCAAGUCCCCGAGAUGCUCCGUCACUGCAACGAACGUCUUAGUGAACUGAUGGAAGGUCUUAAAGAUGUUGAUAUUGAUGAGCAACUUAGCAUCAUGGAACACGAGGAGACCGGUGAACUCCUUGUUGGGGUUGACUUCUUUAGCAAACUUGAAGGAAACAUGCCCGAUUUCAACACUCGAAUUAAAAUUCCCACAUCACAUCGGGAAAGUGCUCACGAUGACGACGAUGUUGGAGGCGAUGAAAAUGACAUUCUUACUCGGGCCGCUUUGAAAAAGCAAUCUCAGCAAAUAGUGGAAAUGCGAAAUAAGAAACGCCAACCGCGAAAAAAGAAGCGGAGGUCCAAGUAAUCAAUUCUUCUAGUACAAAGCUGGGACUGAGUGUUUUCGCUUUAUGACACGCGGCAGGUGAAUUCGAUGGAGCCCAUUGUAAACUCUUCUUAUCACAAUGCGGAUCGAUAGAGUUCAGUUGACAAAAAACUUCAUAUAUUUCCAGAAAAUAAGACAAAACUAGAUGCCCAUUGUCAAGCCAUCUAUGGGAGCACAUUACUAUCACUGGUUUCACUAGGCAGUUAAUAAAAG